CGAGCAGACCCUCUGUGACGCUCGGUGCCUUCUCCACCAGCCCCUGUGCAGCCUGACCUGGAGGACAGGACAGCGUCUGGCUCGGGCUGCCCACAAUGGCCCUCUUGACACACCUGCUGGUCUGCGUCUUUGGCAUGGGCUCCUGGGUGGCUAUCAAUGGGCUCUGGGUGGAGCUGCCCCUGCUGGUGACCGAACUGCCCGAGGGCUGGGACCUGCCCUCCUACCUCACUGUGGUCAUCCAGCUGGCCAACAUAGGCCCCCUCCUAGUCACCCUGCUGCAUCGCUUCCAACCCGGCCACCUGUCUGAGGUGCCCGUCAUCUUCCUCAUCCUGUGUGUAGGCACAGCUGCCUGCAUCCUCUUGGCCUUCCUGUGGAACGUGACCUCCUGGAUCCAGGGCGGACAGCACAGCGUAGCCUUCAUUGUCCUCACCUUCUUUCUGGCCCUGGUGGACUGCACCUCCUCUGUCACUUUCUUGCCCUUCAUGAGUCAGCUGCCCACGUACUACCUCACCACCUUCUUUAUAGGAGAGGGGCUCAGUGGCCUCCUGCCCGCACUGGUGGCUCUCGCCCAAGGCUCAGGUAUCACCACUUGUGUCAAUGCCACAGAGACACCGGGCACCACCUUGAACCCUGUGACCACAGCGGAGACCCACAUCACCCAGACAACCUACAGCCCUUCCCUGCCGCCCCUCACCUGGCACUUGGAAAGCCGCUACCUGGCCCCACGCUUCUCACCACUGCUGUUCUUCCUCCUGCUCUCCUUCCUAAUGGGCUGCUGCCUGGUCGCCUUUUUCCUCCUGCAGCGGCAGCCCUGGGGACGGCAAGGCUCCAUAGAGGACCUUCUCCACUCCGAGGUUACCCUACACUCCAUCAGGCCGCGAGACACAGGGGACACCAGCUCGCUGGGUGCCCCUAUAAGCAGCCCGGGCAAAGGGUCUGUGGAAGUCAGUGUCUCCCCACUCCGCCCAGCCCAGCUGGCCUUCAUCUACUCCACGGUGGCCUUUGUCAACGCGCUCACCAACGGCGUGCUGCCUUCCGUGCAGACCUACUCCUGCCUGCCCUACGGACCUGUCGCCUACCACCUGUCUGCCGCCCUCAGCGCCGUGGCCAGCCCUCUCUCCUGCUUCCUCCCAAUCUUCCUGCCUAACAGGUCACUGUUGUUCCUGGGGUUGCUCACACUGCUGGGAACCGGCUUUGGGGCCUACAACAUGGCCAUGGCUGCCAUGAGUCCCUGCCCCAUCCUGCAGGGCCACUGGGGUGGAGAAGUCCUCAUCGUGCUCUCCUGGGUGCUGUUUGCAGCCUGUCUCAGCUACGUCAAGGUGAUGCUGGGUUUGAUCUUGCGUGACCGGAGCCGUAGUGCCCUCUUGUGGUGUGGGGCAGCGGUGCAGCUGGGCUCACUGAUUGGUGCCCUGCUCAUGUUCCCCCUGGUUAAUGUGCUGAGACUCUUCUCGUCUGCCGACUACUGCAGCCUGGACUGUUCUGUCUAGCCUCAAUCGGCCACCAAAGGACACCAGGACACCAUCACCGAGGUGGAAAACCAGAACCCAGAGAGGAAAAGACUAACAACUCUCGCCCCCUUCUCCAUGUGGGCAUAGAUCUGGGUCUGAGCUUUUUAACACAGAAGCCCUCCCCCAACACUGUGCCCUAGUUGCAGACUUCAGUCUUUGACUUCUAAGAGAUCUGGUUUGUAGCAUUCAACUGGAGGUAGCCCAAGGAUGUUAGGGGGAGAGCCCCGGGAGAUUAGGCUGCCCCUUGUUUGCAGUGGGAACCAGGGAAGUCUCUUGACUGUCUAGGCCUCUUUUUUUCUACUUAAAGGAGGAUGAUAGUAAGCAGCCUUUAGCUCGUAGGCUUAGGCAUCUAGCAGGCUCUCCUGAACGCUCUCCUGCACGGACUCCCUUCUCAACCCAGCCUGGAAGUGGUCAGAGGACUUAGGAGGGCCCCUGCCUGCAUCCCUUUUCUGUGUCCCAAGGAAAGUACCUCUGUGGGAUGCUGUCUACAGAAACCCCAGGAUCUCGGCCUUCCCUGUCCCCCAGGGCAGUGAGACCCUAAGAUAAGUUGAGGGAAGCCCUGUCUGUGAGAGUGAACCCCACCAGGAUCAUAGUGGACAGUGAGGAUCAUAGAGGGGAGUCUCGGGCAGGAGGAGUUUUGUCUGUAAUUAUUAUUCCGUUUUUGUAUUUUAUUUCUUUUUAUAAAAAUUAAAGCUUUCCAUGCUUUUGCA